GCGUCAUUGUGUCUCUAGUCUCUACAUGUAACGGGGAUAGACAUUACGUCUCACAAACAUAAACAGCGCGACAGUGUUACACAUGAAGGGGGACUCCGAUUCGCUCAGGAACAGCACGGCUUUUAGUCAGCAGUAACAAAGUUAACAGAGCUGGUAACUUUUCUGUUCUUGAGAGGGGAAAGUGGAAUAGUCUCAGUCUGAAGGUGAAUGAGAAUGGAAAUAGCGGAGAGAGAAGAGAGUACAGCCAGGCAGGGAGCCAGACUGCUGGGGAGAGUCACAACACGUCCACCGGAGCAUCCACAAAACUCCACUAAGUGUACAGCCACUAAAAGGAGAAUAAUCACACUGGUUAUUCUGACCACAUUACUGGCUGUAAUCCUAGCAGUUAUAUUUGUCUUGAAGCUACACUGUGAUUUAAAAGAUAAUUCCUGUAGAAAUAGGUGUCUUUCUGGAAAUAGAAACAGCAAGUCAUCAUGUCACUGUGAUGCACCAUGUGUGCAGGAAGGCAACUGCUGUCUGGACUAUGAAGAAGUGUGUAUUGAACCCAUGAUUUGGCAUUUUCCCCUACCAGGUCAACUAUGGACAUGCUCCAAAUUCCGUUGUGGUGAGGAGAGAUUACCCAGCAGCCUUUGCUCUUGUGCUGCAGAUUGUGGUCAAAAAGGCGAUUGCUGUACAAAUUACAACAGCGUGUGUAAAGGAGAAAAGGCAUGGCUAGAAGAUGAAUGUGAUGAUAUCAAGACACCCCAGUGCCCUGAAAGUUUUUCCAAACCACCACUAAUUCUAAUAUCACUGGAUGGCUUCAGAGCAGAGUACCUAAAAGUUUAUGGAGGCCAACUUCCAACCAUCAGCAAGCUAAGAAAAUGUGGAACUUCUACAAAAUAUAUGCGUCCUGCUUAUCCCACAAAGACCUUCCCCAAUCAUUACACCAUUAUAACAGGUCUUUAUCCGGAGUCACAUGGGAUUGUGGACAAUAAGAUGUAUGAUGUUAUCCAUAAUGCCACCUUCAGUUUGAAAGGAAAUGAGAAGUUUAAUGCCUUUUGGUACCAUGGUGAACCAGUUUGGCUCACAGCCAUGAACAACAACCUUAAAUCUGGGACGUUCUUCUGGCCUGGAUCGGACGUAGCUAUUAAAGGAAAAUUUCCAAAUUUGCAUAAAAAGUAUAAUGAGAGUAUUCCAUUUGAAAGUAGAGUGAUGACCAUUUUUGAAUGGUUGAGUUUGCCACAAGCAGAAAGGCCAGACUUUUAUACUUUAUAUUUGGAUGAGCCUGAUAAAUCUGGACAUAAAUAUGGACCAAUGAGUGGUGAGGUGUUUGAGGCUCUAGUGAGGGUUGACCGGAUUAUGCAAUUGGUAAUGGAUGGUCUCAAGCAGCGAAAACUCCAUAAAUGUGUCAACCUGGUUAUUCUGUCAGAUCAUGGAAUGGAGGAAGCUUCAUGCACAAAAGCUGAUUAUGUGUCAUCAUACCAGGACAACAUUGAGGAUUUCAUAGUCAUCCAGGGCCCUGCUGCACGAGUCCGACCCAAACGCCUUCCGGAAGAGUUUUUCACUUUCAAGUAUGAAGAGCUGGUGAAGAAUCUCUCGUGCAGAGCUCCUGAUCAGCCAAUGAAGCCUUAUCUAAAAGAGCAUCUUCCUAAAAGACUCCAUUUUGCUAGCAAUGUCCGUAUAGAAAGAGCACAUCUCUACAUGAAAUCUCAGUGGCAAGCAGCCCUCAAGCCAAAUGAAAUCAAGUACUGCAAAGGUGGCUUCCACGGUUCAGAUAAUGUCUUCAGAAACAUGCAGACCAUUUUCAUAGGAUAUGGACCAGGAAUGAAGUACAAUACAACUGUGGCUCCCUUUGAAAACAUAGAAGUGUAUAACCUCCUUUGUGAUUUGUUGGCAAUUCCCCCUGCCCCCAACAAUGGCACUCAUGGGAGUCUUAACCAUCUACUGAGGAACCCACCUCAUCACCCAGUCCACCCUACUGAGAUCUCUUCAGCCUCCAUCUGUUCCACCAUUGUUCCAUCUUCGAAUGAUGACCUUGGAUGCUGCAUUUUCCCCAACAAAUCCAAGGAGGAUUAUCUCAACCACCAUCUGAUUAGUUCAAACCCAAUGGCCAAACAACUUCAUCUGCCAUAUGGAGUUCCACGAGUUCUACAAGAGAAUGCAGACUACUGCGUGCUUCAGCAUUCUUCCUACAUCAGUGGAUACAGCAAAGACAUCCUCAUGCCUCUUUGGGUUGCAUAUACUCUAGAACCACUGUCUGGUGUGCAACUUCUAAGUUCCUCACAGGAAGAGUGUGUUCAUGCUGAUAUGCGUAUUCCAGCAGAAGCAAGUCAGUCCUGCAACUACUACAAGGACCACCUCAAUCUGACAUAUGGAUUUCUCCAUCCUCCCAAUUUGGCUUCAUAUGGAACUGAGUCUGACUCACUGAUCACAAGUAACAUGGCACCAAUGUUUACAGUCUUCAAAGGAAUUUGGGAUUAUUUCCACAAUGUUCUUGUUGUAAAAUAUUCAAAAAAUCUGAACGGUGUAAAUGUCAUGAGUGGACCAAUAUUCGAUAAAGAUUUUGAUGGAAAAUAUGACAACAUGAAACUGAACACAAAGUAUAACGCAUCUAUACCCACUCAUUUCUUUGUGAUUCUGAUGAGUUGUAAGAACUUGUCUGUGGCUCCACAGAAGUGUGACGGUCCGAUAGAGACUGUAUCUUUUAUCCUGCCCCACCGUCCAGAUAACAUUGAGACGUGUCACAAUGGGAGUGAAUAUUCGUGGGUUCAGGACUGGACUCAACUUCACGUUGCAAGGAUACGAGAUAUUGAACUUCUAACUGGGCUGAGUUUUUAUCCUGACCUUCUACCUGUUGAAGAUGCAUUACAACUUAAGACCUUUUUGAAAUCUUUUUAAUAUUUAAUUCUACACUAUACAAGGACCUCAUGUUAUGAUAGCAUAUGUCUGAAUGAGUGACUGUAUAUGGACAUGCCUUAAACUCAGUACCAAAAAAUUCAGCCAGAGAAGCUUUAUAACCUUCGUCGAAAUGAUUUGUUUCACAAAUCACAAAAUAUUCUUUUAAUACUUAAUUUUUUAUAUGUAUUCAUACUUUUAAAAUAUCUAUUAUCCUUUUAAUAUAAAGAAAAAGCACAGCUACAAUCAUAUUUACAUAUAGAUAAAGUAGUUUUAUUACAUAUACAUGUGUAUUAUGUUUUUAAUUUAUACAAUUCUGUGUUGUUGAUCUUAAUAAAAUGCAUAAUCACAGAAAUUAAAGGUAGAGUUCAUCCUGA